CUGUUCUGCUGCUCUACUUCACUGAGUCGUGGUCUGUUUGGGUAAAAAACGGUCGACGCCAUUCCUCUCUUUAUCACCCUACUCUUCUCUUUUUUCCUUCCCCAUAAUCUAUCCCAAUAUUAUUAUUUUUUUUUUAUUUUAUUGUUAUUUGUUUUCUGUUUCCUCUGUCCUUUAUUCUUCACUGUCUGAACGCCAUGACGACUUGCGUAGCUGAAUCAGCUUCUGUCGCAGUUCCAGUGCAGGAAUUGUCAGAUGAGGCUAUCCGAGCUCUUCUGAGGUAAUAAAAUUUGUAAUAGCAUCAAGAUUAACUUUAAAAAAGUUUAAUGAAAACUGCUACUCUUUUCUUAUUAUCUACACUCAACUUACAUGUUGUGGAUGUCAUGUUUAUGUGUAAUGCAUGCGAAACAAAAACUACAACUGCAAACAGCAGGACACGCCGCCACAAGAGGAGCCGGCAUGCAGGCAAGCAGUCUGGCACGUCCCCACUGCUCAGACAGGUGCUUCGUCGCUCACUCCUUGCGCAUCUCAAGGCCUGAUCAAUAUGUUUGCCUCUUGUCCUCCCCUA